AUGGGAGGAUCACAAUACUGUCUCGACACCGUUUCGUCGAUUAAAGCUUUCCGAAGGAGAGCCGAUGCAAGUGUUAACUGGGCGGAGCCCCCGAGCUAUCCUGCUACCACAAUUUCGUUUUCGGAAGACGAAACUAAUCCUGAUCGAUACGGGCCAACGUGGGAAGUUCCAAAAGGGAGAAAAGAUGGAAGAAUAUCAAAGGCAAUAGAAACUAGACAACUACCAGCUCCUACGUUCAACAUAUCUCAAUUGCAACAAAGCUUUGGCCAAAGAGGCCUCUCUAUGCACGAUCUUGUUGUUCUCUCGGGAGGACACACACUAGGAUUUGCCCACUGCUCAUCGUUCCAGAAUAGGAUCCACAACUUCAACUUACAAAAACAGGUCGACCCAACACUAAACCCAUCAUUCGCGGCCAGCUUGAACGUAAUUUGCCCUGCCCAUAACAAGGUGAAAAACGCUGGUGCAACCAUGGAUGCAACCACAACGUACUUCGACAAUGUUUACUACAAGAUGCUUAUGCAAGGCCAGUCACUCUUCUCAUUUGACCAAGCGCUUCUCACUACUCCAUCAAGUAAAAAACUCGUGGCCAAGUACGCGAGUUCCAUGGAAGAGUACGAGAGGGCUUUUGUGAAGUCCAUAAUCAAGAUGAGUAGUAUCAGUGGGAAUGGUAAAGAGGUCAGGCAUAACUGCAGGAGGGUUCGUUAGACUCUCAAUCUCAGCUUCCAACAGAAAAUUGCUACAUUUUAUGUCUUCAUUCCUUGUGAAUAGGCCGUUAAUGAUUAAGGCUGAACUUCUUGUAUCAGAACCACCAUUCUAUCGUGUGUGCUUGU